UGACUGCUCCCCCACCUCAAACCUCCGAGAGCGACGGACGGAGGAGAGGGACAGAGCUGCGCGCUCCCUCCCAACGCAAUGGCCGCGCCGAGAUCUCCGCGCCGCUGAGCAAACAGCCCCCCGCGCGCCUACUGGGUUGCUCACACGCUCGCUCGCCCGCCCGGCCGACCGCCGACACGGAGUUGCCGCCGCCGUCUGGAUCUCUGCCCCGAAGGAGAGCAAAUGCACAAUUCCUGACGGAGGUUUUUGGUCGGUGGCUGUGAAGCUAGGCGCGGCGGACGGCGAGAGUGCCACAGGCGGGGGAAAGGUCUAGCGCCAGCAGCUCUGUAGUCUCUAGUCUCUACCCAGGGGGCAUUAUUCAUGGCGCACGUCUCGUUCAAGGCCAAGGAGGCGGACAGCAGCGCGCCCAGGUGGGCGGAGUACCUUGCAGCCGACGCUUCCUCCUCCUCGCCGUCUCCCGCGACAUCAGUGACCUGGAGGACCAUGGGCAUCGACGGGGCUCAAGCCUCCGCGGGCGGCGGCGGGCAGAAGCACCUGCAGAUGGAGCCCGUGGUGCAGCUCACCAAGGUCGCCGAGGGGUUGCUGGCCAAGAUGUACAGGCUCAACAGCGUCCUCGACUACCCAGAUCCGAACGCGCACUCGUUCUCGGAAGCCUUCUGGAAAGCCGGCGUCAUGCCGAAUUUCCCCAAGGUCUGCAUCACCUUGUCCAAGAAGUUUCCCGAGCAUCCCAACAAGCUGCAGCUCGAAAAGGUGGAUAAGUUUGCUCUUGAUGCUUUGAAUGAAAACGCCGAAGGCUACAUGCAAAACCUAGAGCAAUGGAUCAUGUUGCUUCUUGAUUUGCUGGAAUUUCGUGAACAAGUUCUUCGACUAAUUUUGGAUUUGAGCAGUACGGUCAUAACAUUGCUGCCACAUCAGAACUCUUUAAUUCUCCAUGCUUUUAUGGAUCUAAUUUGUUCAUUUGUGCGAGUCAACCUUUUCUCCGACAAGAUACCAAGAAAAAUGAUCCUCCAGGUUUACAACAUCUUGCACAUCAUGCUAAAGGGUGGACGUGAUUGUGAGCUUUAUAAUCGAUUGGUUCAGUUUGUAGAUUCUUAUGAUCCACCUGUCAAGGGAUUGCACGAGGAUCUAAAUUUUGUGAGCCCGCGUAUUGGAGAGGUUCUAGAGGCUGUUGGACCAAUUAUCUUUCUUUCAACCGAUACAAAAAAGUUAAGAAAUGAAGGGUUCCUCAGUCCAUUUCAUCCGCGGUAUCCUGACAUCCUUACGAACUCUGCUCAUCCAAUGAGGGCCCAAGACUUGGCUAACGUGACAUCAUAUCGUGAAUGGGUUCUUCUUGGAUAUCUUGUUUGUCCCGAUGAACUACUUCGUGUGACUAGUAUAGAUGUCGCGAUGGUUGUUCUUAAAGAGAACUUAGUACUCCCGCUGUUCAGAGAUGAGUACAUCUUACUUCAUGAGAAUUAUCAACAUUAUGUCCUUCCGAAGGUCUUAGAAUCAAAGAGAAUGGCCAAAUCUGGACGUGCUAAGCAAAAGGAAGCUGACAUGGAAUACAAUAUUGCAAAGCAGGUUGAGAAGAUGUUAACGGAAGUGCAUGAGCAAGCAUUGGUAGCAUGCGAUUCUAUACAUCAUGAAAGGAGAAUUCUUCUUAAGCAGGAAGUUGGAAGGAUGGUUUUAUUUUUCACUGAUCAACCUAGCCUCCUGGCACCCAAUAUUCAGAUGGUAUUUUCUGCUCUUGCUUUGGCACAAUGCGAGGUGGUUUGGUACUUCCAGCAUGUAGGGAUUGCUUCAUCAAAAUCUACUCGAGGGAGAACCAUUGACAUUGAUGCAACUGACCCAACAAUUGGUUUUAUAUUAGAUGGAAUGGGCAAACUCUGUUGCCUGGUCCGUAAAUAUAUAGCAGCAAUAAAAGGUUAUGCAUUAUCAUACUUAUCAUCUUGUGCUGGAAGGAUACGGUUCUUACUUGGUACCCCAGGCAUGGUUGCUCUUGACCUAGAUGCGACAUUGAAGGGCCUGUUCCAGCAAGUUCUCCAUUGCCUGGAGAACAUUCCGAAACCUCAGGGGGAAAAUGUCCCUGCUAUUACUUGUGACUUAACUGAUUUGCGCAAGCACUGGCUAUCCAUUUUGAUGAUCGUCACAUCUUCACGAUCUUCUAUUAAUAUAAGGCACUUGGAGAAGGCUACCAUGUCUACUGGGAAGGAGGGCCUGGUCUCAGAGGGCAAUGCUGCGUACAGUUGGUCUAGAUGUGUGGAUGAACUUGAGAGCCAACUUUCUAAACAUGGAAGUCUUAAAAAACUGUACUUUUAUCACCAGCAUCUCACAACUGUCUUCAGAAACACAAUGUUUGGUCCAGAAGGUCGUCCACAACAUUGUUGUGCAUGGCUUGGAGCAGCUUGCAGUUUUCCAGAAUGUGCUUCUUCAAUUAUUCCUGAAGAGGUUAACAAGAUUGGCAGAGAUUCUAUCUCAUACGUGGAAUCUCUUAUCGAGUCUAUCAUGGGUGGAUUGGAAGGUUUGAUAAAUAUUCUUGAUUCAGAAGGUGGAUUUGGCUCAUUGGAGAUGCAGCUUUCGCCGGAGCAGGCAGCUGUACGAUUGAAUAAUGCAACGAGAGCCAAAGCUGUUCCAGGCUUGUUAGCACCAGGGAAUGAAAGCUAUCCUGAUAAUAGUUCCUCAGUUAAGAUGCUGGAAGCUGCUAUGCAAAGACUGACAAGUCUAUGUUCUGUGCUAAAUGAUAUGGAGCCAAUUUGUGUUCUCAACCAUGUUUUUGUUCUUCGGGAGUACAUGAGAGACUGCAUCAUAGGAAAUUUCAGGAGAAGGUUUCAUAGCAUGAUUCGAACUGACAACUGCCUUCAGCGACCAUCAAUCAUAGAAUCUCUUCUAAGAAGACACCUGAGCAUUAUCCAUCUAGCAGAGCAGCAUAUCAGUAUGGACCUUACGGAAGGUAUACGGGAAGUACUCUUAGCUGAAAGUUUUACUGGACUGUUUUCAAACCUGCAAGUAUCCGAGAGACCAGUAGAAACACAAGGAGGAGGAUCUGCCAUAGAAAUAAUAUGUAAUUGGUACAUUGAGAACAUAGUAAGGGAUGCAUCUCGCUCAGGAGUUGUUUAUGAUGGAACUCAUAAUUGCUUCAGGAGCUCACAGCCCAUCGGAGGUGGAUAUUUAGCGGAAUCAUUUACAGAUAAAAGAGAACUGAAAGCACUUGUUCGUCUUUUUGGUGGUUAUGGAAUAGAUAGAAUGGAUAAGAUGCUAAGGGAACAUACUUCAGCUCUAUUAAAUUGCAUCGACUCAGCACUGAGGUCAAAUCGUGAUGCCUUAGAAGGGCUUGCUGGAAGUGUAAAUUCCGGUGAUAGAAUUGAAAGAGAUGCAAAUCUAAAGCAGAUAAUUGAUAUUGAAACAUUGGCCGACUUCUGUAUCCAGGCAGGGCAGGCAAUAACUUUCCGUCAGCUGUUGGUAGAAGCUGUUGGCGUGGUCCUCGAAGAGAAAGUACCUCUCAUAUUUUCUCUACUUAAGGGAUUAGCUACGCAGUUGCCAGAUGAGGCACCUGAAAAAAACGAGAUUGUUAGAUUGAGAAGGGUUGCAAGCAGUGUUGGUGUUGGUGACAAACAUGAUGCUGAGUGGGUGCAUUAUAUUCUGGCAGAAUCUGGUUCUGCUAAUGAUAAUUCUUGGAUCCUACUGCCAUAUCUUUGUUCUGCAUUUAUGGUGUCCAAUAUGUGGAGUAGCGCUGUUUAUGAUGUCAACACAGGUGGCUUCAGUAACAAUUUGCAUUGCCUAGCAAGGAGCAUAAGUGCUGUGGUUGGAGGAAGUGAAUACACUAGGAUGGAAAGGGAACAGCGGAUAAAUUCUCUUUCAAAUGGUCAUGCUGAUGAGCUCCAAGAUUCUGAGUUACUGAGCCGUGCCUCAGCUGAAGCAAAUAUUAAAUCUGCAAUGCAGCUGUAUGUCAAAUUAUCUGCAGGGAUAGUACUGGACUCAUGGAAUGACACUAGCAGACCACACAUCGUUCCAAAGCUAAUAUUCCUCGACCAACUCUGCGAGCUGUCCCCCUACCUCCCAAGGAGCACCUUAGAAGCUCACAUACCUUACACCAUUCUGCGGUCGAUCUACCACCAGCUAUACGGAGCUUCACGGAUGGCUUCAGAAACAAUGGGGCCGUCCCCAAGACAGUCACCUCUGAUCUCUCUGGCACACGCAUCCCCAUCAGCAAGACCGAACCGACUGGACACGACACCCAGGUCUCACUCCUUCGAGCCCGCAGGCUACCACAGCUCAUCGGGCUCCCAGCACGACGACGGCUAUGAAGUGGACCGGAGGACCGGGGAGAGGCAGUUGCGGAGCAUGAGGCGGUCCGGGCCGCUCGACUACGGCGGUAGCAGGAAGGUGAAGUUCGUGGAAGGCUCGAGCUCCGGAAGCCAUGGGUCAGGUGGCUCGCUGCAGAGGUUUGCUGUUUCAAGAUCUGGCCCUCUGUCCUACAAGUAGGGGUUUUGUGUUUUUUUCCACAUAGUACCAUUGUGUGUGUGCUUGCCCAUUCUUUGUAAUUUUCCAACUCCUUGACAAGAACAAGAGGAAGAUGUUUGUAUUCUAGCUCUGUAUGUACCAAUAGUACUUACCUAGUGUUGUUGUAGGAGAAGAUAUUUGUUAACUCCUCUUUGCUCCUGUAAUGUUUUGUUCCUACCGUCGGCGGAAAAAAAAAGAUGUGAUUUAAAAA